CGGCUCGGUAGAAACCUUUGUGUUGGCGCGAUACGAGGGCUGUGACCAACUCGUAUUCAGAUACGAUCCAGUCGUGCUCUCCAUGCCUUACAUUUACUCCUUAGAACAUGGCUGGACGAUCCUCCCGGAAUAUCUGGGACAUUUUAGGUGUCAGUGCUGACAAAGACCCCUCUGGUCUCGACAAUGUUCGGACAAAAAACAGUUUAUCACAUGCAACGUUGAAAUCGGGAAGUUCGGAAGACGUGGCUAGUGCUGACAAUCCAAAAGAAGGGACGACACAGGGCGUCUAUAGAUUGACCGAAAAUACCAUACACAGUGCAAAUAAAGUGGAUUUAAUAUCUGUGGAAGAUCAAAAUGCCCAGUCGGCUACAACAGGUGGCAGCAUGAUUGAAUAUCUACUCCAACACCCGUCUAGUUUAGAAAGACAUUCUUACAAUACACCUCUUGUGAAACAUCCCGAUGUGGAGCUAAGUAAAUCACCCCAAAUCUCGUUCAGUAACUCCCUACACGUGACAACUCCGAAACAACAAUAUAAACAGUCGAGACAGUCUGGUUCUCCAAGGAAAAUGACAGUUGAUAAAGAAUACAGUUCUAUACAGAGUAUAGACAAUUCCAACAUGGCUAUAAUCCCUAAUUCAAACAAAAUUACAAAUGGAACAAUGAAUGGAUAUGCCAAGGUCCAUGAUGAUCAGUCACCAAAACCAAAAGUGCCAUUUGAAAGGAAGCCAAAAAAGUAUGUGGAAAUGCGUUAUAGGGCUACAUUAGAAACACAGUCAUCAUCAAGGUUGCCUCCGCCUUUGCUCAAACAAGGUCCAUCUCAGACAAAAUCAGAAUCUGCAUCAACGAAGACAGUUUCAGUAUCUCAUUCACUUGAGCCCCCAUUAGAUCUAAGUGUACCACUAGACUUAUCAGUGAAGAAAAGGACAUUUUCAAUGCACCAUACAACAGACUAUGACAGACAGUUCACAUCUAACUCUCCUGAGAAUACAUUUCAAAAUGGUUAUUCAUCGAGUGAUUUUUCUCAAAGAGUAGGGAUACCAAGAUCAUUCUUGUCUAGACCACUUGAUAACUCUAGGGGAUCAUCCCCGGCACUCUCACCAGCCCAUUCACCGUAUCAUCACUGUUUGUCUCCUGAAAUGAAUAGAAAUUUAUCACCACCCUCAAUUCCUAUUCCUAGAGUUCUAACGCCAACGUCAAUAUCUGUUAAUACUUCGCCAAAGACAUGUGAACAAUAUUCUUCAGCAUCGUCACUGGGGAUGGUAAGGAAUACGUUUGCUGUGUCUACUAGCGUCAAUGGCAAAUCUGCUCAGCAGAGACCACUGCCACCACCUAAAUAUGAUAGAAGAAAUGGAUCUACCCCGCCUUACCAGAGUGCAGGUACAUCAAAAGCCAACUCGCCUAUAAGAAUUGCCCGUGUGAACCCCACUGCCGCAAAAUCACCUGAAAGGUCCAGGGCUAUCAGCAGCAAAUAUCCUGUAAUUUCAAUGUCACAAACAGGACAUUUACAGACAUUUCUACCCAGUACAUCUUCCAAUAGUUCAUACAGUAUUCCUCCAAAGAUGCCUGACAAUGGGAGGAGCCAAAGUCUGUAUCCUCAGAUGUCCUAUGGGUCACCAGUAGGUUAUGUAAUGGCUGAAAGAGAUAGAUCUCCUAAGCGCCCUCCUUGCAACACUUCACCCAUGCAUAGACAGACACUGGGGACCAAAUCAGUACACCCCACCACCUUCAAGUCAAGAACACAUUCUCCACAUGGAGGUGCUUCUCCAAUGGGAAUGGUUGAGAACUCCUUUUUAGCUGGUGCUAAGCUAACACAAUUAUUGAGACCUAUAGAUGAUCAAGAGAAAGCUGUAGAGGACGCUGUAAAUCAUCAGCAUUGUCAUAACCAACCAGAUAUGCUACAUGAAAAAAACAUUUCCACCUCUCAGUCAUCUCCACCAUAUUUGAUGCCAUUGGAAAUUCAUAUCCCACAUGGGCAUGCUGCAAACCUUCAAAAAACUCCACCUCGAUUGAUAAACGUUUCCAGCAAGAACAUGUCACCAGAACAAAUUAUUCAUUGUCAUGAAUCUCAGAGAAACAAUCUUUGCACUGUCAAUGGCCAUUCACCAAGACCUGCUGAACCUAAAUCGCCUACAAUGCCUGUUCUUACACCUCACAACACACAAGCACCUGUACUUCUCUCACCAAGCCAGAACAAGCUUUCCAUGUUCUCUUCUAUUGACCCUCCAACAUUGGAUCAAACAAACUCUAAGGUAUUGUAUAAUGCACUCACACUGCCAAUGUAUCCCAAAGUUGCCGAUGAACAGUCCAGAAAUGAAUUGUAUGAUCGUCUGUCACCGUCUUGCAACACCCCAGUUACUAUACCACCUGUUUUGACAUCUGAUCAGUACAACAGUAUUCACAGAGCUCAACAAGAAAAGCAAAGGUUCACACAGAUGCCUUAUCGAAAAGAUAUGGACAACAUGAUUAGAAAAGCCUUGAUGGCAAGAGUAUCAGAGCGUGAAAUCCCUCGAAGUCUUUCUCCAACACUCUCACUGAACAGAGUUUCUCCACGUGAUCCCAGAAUGGGGGCUAAACAAUAUCAACAUUUGAUAGAUCACCUGAAUAAAAAAAGUAUGGCACAUGCCCACAGAACUGGUAGUUCCACUCAUUCUGCUGGACCACAUUCUUCAUCUGGCUGGGUGCCAAAUCAUAGAAAGUCUUCUCCCAUAUCUGCAAUGACAAUGCAAAGUAAGCCAUUUAAGCGAAAUGUGUGGGAACAAUUAGGAGUUGCAUGUAGUAGCACAACACCAAAAGAAACUGUCAAACAUGCACUAGUUAAUGAAAUAAUAGACUUGACAUCUCCAGCUGGUUCACCAGCUACCCCUGCAGGUUAUGAAGAGAAUAUAACAGAUUCUGUCACUGAAAUUAAUACUGAUCAAAAUAAGAGUGAUGUUGGUUUUGAAAAAAACGAUGAUUUUACAGAAUCAAGAGAAUGUUCAGCGCGAGCUUCCGAGGAACUUCCACAGUUGAUACCAGAAUGGUCGUCAAUACCGCACACUUCAACUGUCAUAACAGCAAAUACCAAACUAAGUUCAUCAUGUGUAGUGAAGCUAUCCCAUGAUAUUUGCACUCAUACUUGCAGUAUGACUCCUUCAACAGAAGAUUAUUGCACUGUUACUUCUUCUGGUGUUGAUGCAAUUACAACCACAUCUAUGAAUAGCUCAGAAAGGGCUAGGCAGCACAGACGAUCCCUGGAAAUAGCGAGGAUAAAAAAUUCUGAAGGAUAUGUUGCUGAUAAACCAAAAAAACCAAAGAGUGACGAUUUGUACGUUGAUUCUUCAUUACUUACUAGAGAGGACAGACAUAUACAGCGUGCUAUGAUGAGAUUCAUGGAGCAAGAAAGAGAAUUUAUAAACCCAACUAGGAGAUCCCAAUCCUUAGAAGAUUCACCCACGCAGAUGAGACAAUGUGUAGAAUAUGCAACAAAAAAACAGGAAAAAGAUAAUAUUGGCAAUUUACAUCGAAAAUACAAGUAUAAGCUGGGGAGACAUUCUACUCAUGAGGACAGUAAUGAAGACGAAAUGUCUUUCUUUCCAGAUGUCACUGUGCAGCAUGUUCAGUCUGGCCAACAGAAUGUUGAAGACUUUGUCAGAGAAAAGGUUUAUAGUGACUAUGAUGAUGUUGAAUCGCCAGAUAAAACGGAGCCAUCGUCUCCGUCUUCCCUAUUAUUUUCUCCAACAUCGGAACAUGGUGAUGAUACGGAAAUCAAGAAAGGUCAAUUCCAAGACUAUGUUCCUGUCAUUCUUGAAAAAAGGACCCGCAGUGGCUUGACAGGUUACAAAAUACGAGAACGGAAACCUCUUUUUAAUAAGAACGCCAAAUAUGAGCAAGAGAUUGAAAAAGAAGAGCAGAAGAAACUGUUUAGGAAGCGAACGUUCAGUUUAGCCAGCACAAGUGGUGAUGAAGCUUCGCCGCCAAGACGUCGUCGUCGGUCUCUUUCUGAAUCAAGUGGUCACAUUGUGUGUGGUCGGGGUCGAGGCCGUGGUCGAGGUCGUGGUCGUGGAUACAGACGCGGGAGGGGUCGUGGAAUGGGUAGUAGAGGUGGAAGAGGUGCAAGUAGUACCACUCUUGCUGUCGACAAAGUAAAGCGGAAAUACACGUGGAGAGGCCGUGGACGACAAGAAAGCGGACACUGUAGGAGUAGGGGCAGGGGAAGAGGCAGGGGACGAGGUAGAAGACGUGGUCGCGGCCGCGGCCGUGGCCGUGGCCGAGGCCGUGGCCGUGGCCGUGGAAUGAGGCAUUUAACUGAAGAUAAUAUCGAUAUUAAGGAUGAAAUUAUUGAUCCUUCAGACUUUUUGUUCACAAUGGAUAUCGCAUCAGAUACAGGAGACAUUUUAUCAGAUGGCAUGCCGAGUACAUCUGAAUCAGAGAAGUCUAUGAGAUGCAUCAUUGAUCCAUCUAACUAUAAUAAAAUUCGAUUUGUAUCCGAUGGAAGUGCAGGUGAUAGCGCCAUGGAAACACCAGAAAGAAGACGGAAAAGACUAUUUGAUAAACCUGGAGGGAAAAGAACUUGUAAACGACGUCAUCUCGAUCUCGAUCAAAAUAUGACCUUUGAUGAUGUCACUGAGAUUGACUACGACACGGAGGACUUCGACAAAGAACACGAGGCUGCAGCUGAGGUAUACGAGAUCGAAGGGAUUGAAAUCGAGGGAAUCAGUCCAACCAGACCAAUGCCACCUGAAAUGAAACGUAUAAUGGUAAAUAAAAACUCUGGCGAAACAAUGUUACAUCGUGCAGCUAGAGUGGGAAACGAGGAGAUCGCGUUGUAUUGCAUAGAGAAUGGCGUCGUGAACAUCGAUGUCAAGGACAACGCUGGCUAUACACCGCUGCACGAGUGCUGUGUGCGUGGAAGACUACAAAUCGCUAAACAUUUACUCAAAUAUGGUGCUAAUGUAAACUGUAGCUCUCUGGAUGGAACUCGACCCAUCCACGACGCCGUAGAGAACGACCAUGCUGAAGUGGUGAGGCUGUUACUUUCGUACGGUGCCGACCCACUAUUAGCUACAUAUGCUGGAAGAACACCCUUGAAAAUUGCACGGAGCAAAAAGAUGGCAUCCUUUUUGAAAGACUAUUUAAUUGAUUUGAAUGGAAGUAUACCCGACGACGAUGACAGUUCCGGUGAGGACGUUUAUCAUGAAUGGCAGUUCAUAGGAUCAAAUGAUGUAUUCGAUGACCCUGAUGAACUCGGGUUCGAUUUGUUUGAAAAUUUACCCGAUGAUUCUGAGCCGGAGAUAGAACCUCUAUUAGAACUUAGUGACAGACCACAUAUACAAACAUAUCAUCUUUUCGGGUGUGGUAAUUGGAUGUUGUUGAGCGACGUCUUGCCGAGGGCUGCGCUGACACAUCGGGAAUUCGCCUUGAAGCAUUCUGACAUUCCAUUGACCAAAAUCACCGUGGAAGACUUCCUGGAACACGUUGGGGAUGGUCAAAUAGCUGUAGCGCCGAACAGUGUUAGGAAUAGGGGGAGCGACGAGAUCGUGGAACUAGUUGAAAGUAGUGAUGCAAUUCGUGAUCUGUUGGGUAUUGAAGUCGCAUCUUUGAAAGAUGAGAACGAUAACGAAUGUAAAGGAUUGAGGCGGUCGCCAAGGAAACGACACGAAUUGGAGGCUACGUAGUACUGGCAAUAUAUCGCAUUCGCGCUUCGUUUGUUCAAGUGUUGUCUAUUUACAAUGGUAUCAACCAUACUGUCUCUGUUGUUCGCUGAGUGCACGACGAAGUGGAACGCUAUGGCCUUGAAUCACGCACUGUUGUAUAUACUCGCGAAAUGAUUUUUUCUAUGGUAAAUGUUGCGAGUGUUCCCGCCCAGUGUAUGGCAAGGGAGUUAUGUGUCGACAGGGAGCACAUUUUCCGUGACGUCAGCCGCUCAUGCCGUUGUGGUUGGGCGAAAUAUUGACCAGACCAUCUCAGCAUUAUUGUGUCCCAAUAACCAUGACAACUUACAGUACUAUGUACGUCACCGGAUGGGAGUCUUCUGCAAUCGUUAUGCGAGUGGGAUUCUUAAAUGCUAUGUCGUCAUCGCGUGUUUUGAACGAACCGAUAAUCGAUUAUUGUACUGUGACUUCUAUGUUUGGUUCAACGCCGUGUCGUUAUAUCCGCCAUGGCCAGUGGGAUGCGCUCAACAAUUAUCAAUUUGACGAACUAUGUACAGAUUGUAAAAUAUAACGACAUAAUAGUUGAGUCUCGCGUGUAGAUGUGUGUAUGUGUAUGCGGCAAAUAUGCAAGAAUGAAGCGUUUUCAUACGGUACCACCAUCGUUGUGUUUACGUAUAGCUGGUCUACAGCAAUUGCACAGCUGGUACAUUCGUGUUAUUAGUGGUCCAGAUGACAUAACACGUUUGUUGUGUUUUUAGGCUAAUCCUGGGCAGCCCACUACAUUAACCUGGGACAACAUUGCACACUCUGCUACGUAUUUCAUGGGUCAUUUCGUUCUCAAAGUUUAGAAGGGGGCAAGCCUGGUGCUAUAUAUAAAGACGGAAUGACAACUUUAUUUUAGGUGUAUACCAUUAUAUUCAGUUUAAUGAUGCAUUUUAUUAUUCAAGACAUUCUUUUUCUUUGUCGGUAUUUGCUCACAUUCUAUUCCAGUUCGCUUGGCCAUUUUGUAUGUCAACACACGGAGGAGGAAAGCUCCUCUGUAAUUACGAACGUGUCUGCCACCAACUUUAGAAAUUAUUGCACAAUCGUAUACAAUGACUUAAUUCUUUGGUUGAUGUACGAAGUAUUUCUUUUCUGGUAAGAUUUGCGUCAUCCUUGGUUGGCACUGUGCAGGGCCGGGUUCACGCGGUCAAAUCAGUUCAGAUAGAAUUUUUCGUUGCGGAUCACGUGACCCAAUCUCGUAUAUAUUAGUUCAAUUUAUCGAAUACGGUGUCAGGUGCAUUGCCAUUGACGGGUACGUGUUGUUUGUAGUUGAUGGGUAGGUCGCGGACUGUACUUCAUGGCUUUGACGAGCUUAACUUUUGAAACCCCAAGAUGUUUAUUAUUCAGUUAUGUGGUAUUACAUAUAUAACCAAAUUAAGCAGGCACAAUAUGAGAAGAAAAAAACAACAUUACAGGAGUUGCAGAAAGCAAGCAGCGGAAUCAAAACAUUGUUAAAAUUGUGUUGUUUUUUUUGUUGAUAGAUUUUUUUUUUAUUUUUGAUCAGCAUAGUUUUGUUACAUCUUUUCUAUGUAACGUAUUUGCUUUAGUUGUUUAGUUUAUACAAAUCGCACAAUCACUGCCUUAUAUUAUUAUUGAUCAGAACCAAAUUUACAAUUGAUUAUUACAUGUUGGUGUUACAUACGAACGCGGGUUUGUUCGUUUUGUGCAUCCGACGCGGAGUUGAUCGUCUCGUUUUGGAGUUAAAUCAUGACGUUAUGCGCACUAUUUAUGCGCAUUGUAUACUUAGCUAAUGUUAAGAAGUACGUUUUUUCCACGAACCGGGCUCUUCUGCAUUUAUUUUAUCAAACCCGGGAAUGUUGAUAAUUUGUUUUGUUCAGUACCAUACCAUACAUACUCUUUCGAUAUAUUUCACUGUUUAUUUUUGUCUCCCUGUUUGUAGACGUUUAAUAUGGAGGUGAUGAGUAGAAACGUAGUUACAACUGAAACAAAUCUCCUGUAAAAAAGAAAUCAUGUAAUUUUUUGUAAUUCUGUUUUCUUUGUUGUUACAAAACAUUCCAGAACGGAAAUGUAAAUAAAAAAGCAUUUUUGGAUAA